GCCCCGGCCCCGGCCCCCUCCCCGGCCGCCGCCGCCGGAGCCGCCGCACCGGAGAGCCGCCGCCGCCGGAGGAUGCGCCGCACAACAGUGUUCUAAGAACAGAGGCAUCUAGGCUGAAUGGAAUUCAGCAUCAAAAAAAGUCCUCUUUCUGUUCCGAAGGUUGUAAAGUGCGUGAAGAUGAAGCAGGCACCGGAAAUCCUUGGCAACACGAACGGAAAGACUCCGAACUGUGAAGUGAGUCGUGAGUGCUCCGUGUUCCUGAGCAAAGCCCAGCUCUCCGCCGGUCUGCAGGAGGGAGUUGUGCAGAAGUUCAAUGGCCACGACGCGCUUCCUUUUAUCCCAGCUGAGAGGCUGAAAGACCUCACCUCCCGCGUCUUUAAUGGAGACCCCGGUGCUCAUGAUGCCAAAUUGCGUUUGGAGUCUCAGGAAAUGAAGGGACUUGGGACACCACCUGACACUACCCCUGUCAAAAAUGGCUCUCCAGAGAUCAAGCUGAAAAUCACCAAAACAUACAUGAACGGGAAACCUCUGUUUGAAUCUUCCAUAUGUGGCGAUGGUGCUGCUGCUGUGUCCCAGUCGGAAGAAAAUGGACAAAAACCAGAAAAUAAAGUGAGGAGGAGCAGGAAGAGAAGCAUAAAAUAUGACUCCUUACUGGAGCAGGGCCUUGUUGAGGCAGCCCUGGUGUCCAGGAUCUCGAGUCCCUCGGAUAAAAAGAUUCCAGCUAAGAAAGAAUCCUGUCCAAAUAGCAGAGACAAAGACCAGCUGUUGAAGUACAAUGUCGGGGAUUUGGUGUGGUCCAAGGUGUCCGGUUACCCCUGGUGGCCAUGCAUGGUCUCCGACGAUCCACUCCUGCACAGCUACACCAAACUGAAAGGUCAGAAAAAGAGUGCACGCCAGUAUCACGUACAGUUCUUUGGUGAUGCCCCAGAAAGAGCUUGGAUAUUUGAGAAGAGCCUUGUAGCUUUUGAAGGAGAAGGACAGUUUGAAAAAUUAUGCCAGGAAAGUGCCAAGCAGGCACCCACGAAAGCUGAGAAAAUUAAGCUGUUGAAACCUAUUUCAGGGAAAUUGAGGGCCCAGUGGGCAAUGGGCAUCGUUCAGGCAGAAGCAGCUGCAAGCAUGUCAGUAGAGGAGAGGAAAGCCAAGUUCACCUUCCUUUACGUGGGGGACCAGCUCCAUCUCAACCCCCACGUGGCCAAGGAGUCAGGUGUUGCUGUGGAGUCUCUGGGAGAAAUGGUAGGGUCCUCAGGAGUCAGGGAAGAAGCUGCUGACAGCCCCAAGUCCACGAGGGAAGAGGGCGUUCCUGUCAAGAGGAGACGGAGAGCCCAGCUGUCCUGCUUUGCUGAGAACCAAGACAGUGACCCGGGGACAGGAAAGACCACUCCUCAAAAGACGGCAGAGGCCGAGCCCAAGCGAGGAGUGGGGUCUCCUCCAGGGAGGAAGAAGGCCGUGGCCUCCACUCCGAGAAGCAGGAAGGGCGAUGCGGCGUCCCAGUUUCUGGUCUUCUGUCAAAAGCACAGGGAUGAGGUUGUCGCUGAGCACCCGGACGCCUCCGCCGAGGAGAUUGAAGAGCUGCUUGGAUCCCAGUGGAAUAUGCUCAAUGAGAAACAGAAAGCACGCUAUCACACCAAGUUUGCCCUCGUGGCCCCGUCCCCGUCCGAAGAAGACUCUGGUAACUUAAAUGGGAAAAAAAGAAACCACACGAAGAGGACACAGGACCCUAUAGAAGAUGCUGAAGUUGAGGACGCUCCCAGGAAGAGACUCAGGACCGACAGGCACAGUCUUCGGAAGAGAGAGACGUUCACAGACAAAACAUCCCGCACAGGCUCUUGCAAGGCCAUCGAGGCAGCCUCCUCGCUCAAGAGCCAGGCAGCCACAAAACAUCUGUCUGAUGCCUGCAAACCCCUGAAGAAGCGGCACCGGGCCCCCGCAGCGGCGUCUGCGUCGCUCGCCUUUAGCAAAAGCUCUUCUCCUUCUGCAUCCUUAACUGAGAAUGAGGUCUCGGAUGGCCCCGGAGACGAGCCCCCGGAGUCCCCAGACGAGAGUGCGGACGAAACCCAGACCGAAGUGUCCGUCUCGUCUAAAAGGUCUGAGCGAGGAGCGACCGCCAAGAAGGAGCACGUGUGUCAGCUGUGCGAGAAGCCGGGCAGCCUGGUGCUGUGCGAGGGCCCCUGCUGCGGCGCCUUCCACCUGGCCUGCCUGGGCCUCUCCCGGAGGCCGGAGGGGAGGUUCACGUGCAGCGAGUGCACCUCAGGGAUUCACUCGUGUUUCGUGUGUAAGGAGAGCAAGACCGACGUCAAGCGCUGCGUCGUGUCGCAGUGCGGGAAGUUCUACCACGAGGCCUGCGUGCGCAAGUUCCCGCUGACGGUGUUCGAGAGCCGGGGCUUCCGCUGCCCUCUGCACAGCUGCCUGAGCUGCCAUGCUUCCAACCCCUCGAACCCAAGGCCGUCGAAAGGUAAAAUGAUGCGGUGUGUCCGAUGCCCGGUCGCCUACCAUGGCGGGGACGCGUGUCUGGCGGCGGGCUGCUCAGUGAUCGCGUCCAACAGCGUCAUCUGCACGAAUCACUUCACGGCCCGGAAGGGCAAGAGGCAUCACGCCCAUGUCAACGUGAGCUGGUGCUUCGUGUGCUCCAAAGGGGGAAGCCUGCUGUGCUGCGAGUCCUGCCCGGCGGCCUUCCACCCCGACUGCCUGAACAUCGAGAUGCCCGAUGGCAGCUGGUUCUGCAACGACUGCAGGGCCGGGAAGAAGCUGCACUUCCAGGACAUCAUCUGGGUGAAGCUGGGGAACUACAGAUGGUGGCCGGCAGAAGUUUGCCAUCCCAAAAAUGUUCCCCCAAAUAUUCAGAAAAUGAAGCACGAGAUUGGAGAAUUCCCUGUGUUUUUCUUUGGGUCUAAAGAUUAUUACUGGACGCAUCAGGCGCGAGUGUUCCCGUACAUGGAGGGGGACCGGGGCAGCCGCUACCAGGGGGUCAGAGGGAUCGGAAGAGUCUUCAAAAACGCACUGCAAGAAGCCGAAGCUCGUUUCCGUGAAAUCAAACUUCAAAGGGAAGCCCGAGAAACGCAGGAGAGCGCGCGCAGGCCCCCGCCCUACAAGCACAUCAAGGUGAACAAGCCUUAUGGGAAAGUGCAGAUCCACACGGCGGACAUCUCCGAGAUCCCCAAGUGCAACUGCAAGCCCACCGACGAGAACCCCUGUGGCUCCGACUCGGAGUGUCUGAACCGCAUGCUGAUGUUUGAGUGCCACCCGCAGGUGUGCCCCGCGGGGGAGUUCUGCCAGAACCAGUGCUUCACCAAGCGCCAGUACCCCGAGACCAAGAUCAUCAAGACAGACGGCAAAGGCUGGGGCCUGGUGGCCAAGAGGGACAUCAGGAAGGGAGAGUUUGUGAAUGAGUACGUGGGGGAGCUGAUCGACGAGGAGGAGUGCAUGGCAAGGAUCAGGCGCGCACACGAGAACGACAUCACCCACUUCUACAUGCUCACCAUAGACAAGGACCGUAUAAUCGACGCCGGCCCCAAAGGAAACUACUCCCGGUUCAUGAAUCACAGCUGCCAGCCCAACUGCGAGACCCUCAAGUGGACGGUGAACGGCGACACUCGCGUGGGCCUGUUUGCCGUGUGUGACAUUCCUGCAGGGACAGAGCUGACCUUCAACUAUAACCUCGACUGUCUGGGCAACGAGAAAACAGUCUGUCGGUGCGGGGCCUCCAACUGCAGCGGGUUCCUCGGGGACAGGCCCAAGACCUCGGCAUCCCUUUCCUCGGAGGAAAAGGGCAAAAAGACCAAGAAAAAGACCAGGAGGCGUCGAACGAAAGGCGAAGGGAAGAAGCCGUCUGAGGACGAGUGCUUCCGCUGUGGUGAUGGCGGGCAGCUGGUGCUGUGCGACCGCAAGUCCUGCACCAAGGCCUACCACCUGCCCUGCCUGGGCCUGGGCAAGCGGCCCUUCGGAACACCAGGACGGGGCAGCCUUCAGCUCCACCCAGGACGGGCGGCCGUACUGCGGCGAGCACGACUUGCGGGCAGAGCCGGCCGAGCAGCCCUGCCCGGAGCCCAAGUCCAAGGGGAGGAGGAAGAAGAGGAGGUGCUGGCGGAGGGUCACAGAGGGCAAAUAGCGCCAGGCCGGGGCGGGGUGAGAUCGGGCGGCCCCGGGUGGCCGGCCCGCCCUGCGGGCAGAGGGCCGGAGGACGCCGCCCGCAGCCCCCGGGACGCACGCACAGGCCUCUUCGGGAGGGGGCGCCUCCCGUCACUGAGCCAUCCCAGCAGCGCCCGCUGCGCCGCACUGACCGUCCGAGCCGCGUGGUUCCAGCCGCGAGGUGCGGACGCCCCAGGACAGACAAGCCUGACUACGCAGCAUUACAGCUACACUUGAAUCUCAGAACGUCAAGGUGCCCUCCCGCUCUACUUUCCUAGGUUAAAGUUACGAUGGAAAAGUAAUUGGCAUAUGAAAUGUUUUUAUCUCCCCUGAGGUGUAUAGAGUAGUAUUUUUUCGGAGGAUCACUCUUACCUCUUUUAAUCUUGACAACGUCACCCAGCCUGCUUCCCCGUUGCCGUCACUCAGGAGAGGAGACCAGGGUGGGGCCUGGGCAAGGACUCAGACCCCGAGUGCCCUGGGAACCAUGGUUUUGAUGAUUUUGCUCUUAGGAAACAGCUGUAUGAUUUCUUUUUUGUACUAAUGUGAAGUUUCUCCUCAAAAUGCUUCUUUUCCAUCCUAGUGAGGAGCCGGCCCCAGGACGGUGACUAGCGUAGUGUUGUUGGGGGACGUCCCCUGUAGUUUCUCUCUCCGCGGACGCGAACCAAGCGCUGCUGCCACGUUGGCCUUUCAAGCACAGGCUCACGCGGGGCAGCCUCCCCGGAGGGGCUCAUCACUUGGGGGAAGAGUUUGUACAUUUUUUAGGUUGGCUUUUCUUUACCAGUUUCUGGCUUUUAUUCUCAAUAUAUUUUUGCUAAACUUGUUUCACAAAUUACCACCGACUGAAAUGCGUGUUUACUGAUGCGUGUGUGACCCGCUGAGCUGUGUGACGCGGCAACUUAGGGAAACGGUUUGUCCGGCGCUCUGCCCAGCGGCAUCUCGGGUGACCGUCGCGCAGCAGGGCACUGCUAGGUGCCCCCCCCCCCCCCCCGCCGGGACGUGGAGCUCGCGGGAGACGUGUGCGUCCAGGCACCCCUCUCGGGCUGAGGAAAGAGCGAGUUCAGGAGCAUCGUCACCCCAAGUGACUCCACGCGUGCUGUGGGCCCGUUCCCGGGAAGCCUGAGCCGCGCUGGGCAGACGCCCUCGGCCGGGGCCCCUCGGCGGAGCGCUUGUCCUGGGACUCGGGCCGGCCUGCCGGGCGUGGGCACCCGGCCUUGGGACAGCCCGGCCGACACUGUCGCCGGGGAGGUUUCCACGGACCGUUAGCCCCACGCAGGGAGAGGCUUCUGCGGAGCACGGCGUUCCCCGUGGACCCCGCGACGCUGGGAGCGCCCUGCCAGGAGCCCGUGUGCCUGCCUGUCUCCACUCGCGAUGGGAGGGAAGGGGACACUCGGCAGCAGGUGCUUUUUUCUGACCUUUUCUUCUUAAAAUAACCUGAGGAGAACAUCUCCUCUGCAGAAAAGUUUACACAGCUGUUCCUGAAAACUGCCACUGAGGUCUCCUGUUUGUCUGUCUCACCGUUUUCGCCUCGGAGAACUGCAGGAUAUACCAACACUUGGACCCAAGUUCACUACUGCUCCGUGGUUCUGCGACGUGAGCUGUGGGGGGAGGGGGGCGGUCUCGGCCAGGCCGGGACCCCCGGGGAAGCACCUGCUCCAGGUGCGAGGCGCCCGGGCCUCCCCGAGCGUGGACUAGGAGAGUCGGCUGACCGAGGCCGUCCCGCUGGCCCUUCUCUGGUGACCCUGGGGCAAGUGACCGUACGUAGGACCAAAGGAAAAACAAGCCGUGUCCUCAGCUGGUGCUUCCGCAGGCGGCUCGGUUCUCUCCGGAAACGCGCCUGCUCGGUGAGACGCAGGGGCCGUGGGGUAUUUCAGUUCAGAACUCGUUUCUCUCAAAUGGUCUUUUAAGAAAAUACUGGAUUGACGUAGAUUUAUGCUCCUCAGGCCCUGAACCUGGCGCCUGCGCGCUCUGGGGCUGGGCACGAGGGGCGCCGAGGCCUGGUGCCAGCACAGCGGCUGCGGUCGCAGCCCCGCCCUUCAGAGCCAGGGGCCUGGGUGGGGGCUGCUGUCACUUGCCCUUUCCUGCCAGUAAGGGACUUGUGCCUAAGUCAACAUCAGAAUUGGUUUUGCAGUGCACUUUGGGGGGCAGGUUAACUUAUUUUUGUAUUUGACGGUAGUAAAAAUGCUGUGUGAUUUUUGAGUCACUUUGCUGUUACUUCCAAAUUCUUUUAUAACCUUUCUGAAGGAAAUACUGGAAAACUUAUUUUAGAUAUGGUUGCCCUCUUUCCAAAAACUGUUAAACUAAUGAGCAAAUAACACUAACUCUGAGAAUCUCUAGAAAACCAGUUUAUGGAUCUGAGCACAAGGCAUUGGAGGAGCAGUGGCGCUGGAAGGGCCCUCCCGACGGGGCCGAGGCCUUUGCUCCGAGUCGGAGGGGAGCUUGCUUUGGGGGAGUCGGUCUUUCCCGCACAUCAUCAGCUUCAGUCCUUUGUCGUUAACGUGAAGCAGAAGAAACACGAUGAGAACCGCCCACGCGCCUCAGGGUUCCUCAGCGUCGGGAGCUGACCAGGACCCCUCGUGUGUUGUGUCGGCGCCAGCGCGGGCCUCUGGACACGGGGACGCUUCUCUCCGUGGGGGUCGCAGGCCCACGUCCAAAGCGGGUGAUAAGCUGCAAGCACCACGGGGAGGCCGCCUGGCGCCCCCGCCCGGGUCCCGUCCUCCGAGGAUGCUCGGGACCCCCUGCCUCACCCUCAGGUCUGCGCCCCGGCGCCUUCCCAGUGUUUCCCCUGACAGACACACAAACUGCAGUGUGUGCGGCGCCAUCUUCUAGAACUGCCGUAUGUCCAGGAAUAAGAAAAGAUAAGCCUGUUUUUAUGAAAGGUAACACAGACGACUGUCAGUUGCUGAACUCUUGAUCCUGCGAGACGUGUAGCGUUUGAUGAAUGAGUGAAGUGCUGUGUCCGCGGGCGUCGUGUCCACCGCACCCUGUUGAGAUGUGAAAUUAAACAGAAACCUCAACGUGCCUACUGGUGUCUCAGCGUCGCACAGAACGAGGCCAGGCUCCGCCUUUGGGGGGGGUGUACCAGGUGCUACCGCCAAUUUUGACAGACUUAAAAAACUUGAAAUUCACUUCUGGGGGAAGAUACUGAAAUGUAGAUUUGAGCAUUGCUGUUUGCGGGGAAAUAAUAGGAUUUAAGUUCGGAAGUUGUGUUUGGAAGAUUGUGUAUGAGUAUUUUUGUAUUAAAAAAUUUA